AGCUGGCCGCUAGGGGCGGGUCUAUAGGGAGGAGGAGCUGUUUACCAGCGGCCGUUUAUAAAAGUCGACAAGGCCGUCGCCUGCGCAAGGUGUAUUUGGCGCUAGGAGGCUAUGGCUUCAGCAAGCGACAGAGGAGCGGCACCAAAAGCGCCCUGCAGAGCAUUUUACCGAGGCACCUGUAGAUGGGGCACAAAUUGUCGCUUCUCCCACGAAAAGAAAACUGUUCCAGUUUGCCGCUACUUUCAGAAUGGUUUCUGUUGCUAUGGAGAAAAAUGCAGUUUCCUACACCUUCCACCAUUUCAGCGUUCUGACACCCCCUCAAAUUACCUUGCCAGCCGUAGAGUCUCUGAGCCUUGCAUUGUUCCUUGUGUGCCUAACCUUCAAGUUGGUCGUAGAGUUUCAGAACCAUCUGUUACUCCUCUGCAGUCAGCUGCCUUUCAAAGUCAAAGAGUGCCUGUUCAAUUGCCAAGAGAGGACUGGGCACUUGCAGCAGAAUUUGUCCCACGAAAUACAGGUCUUGUAAGGUCUGUCUCUAGUCCAAUCCUAAUGGAUAAACCAAAGGAGAGAGAGUUCCAAGAUGAAACAAGGCAUCGGAAAACUUUGAAAAUCCUUCAUUCUAAAACAGAAGACUCAAGUAUUCAGUAUGAACGCAGCAGAGAUGUAGUUUGUGGAAUCUGCAUGGAUAAAGUCUAUGAUAAAAACAUAGAAGAAGAGAGAAUAUUUGGAAUUUUGCCAAACUGCAGUCAUGCAUAUUGUGUUGGCUGCAUUAAACGCUGGAGAAAGACUCGGGACUUUCAGAAUGAAGUUAUAAAGAGUUGCCCUCAGUGCCGUGUAAAGUCAAGUUACUUUAUCCCACACAAAUACUGGAUUGGAGACUCUGAUGAGAAACUACAAUUGAUCCAGGAUUUUAAAGCAAAGACUGGUAAGAUCCGCUGCAGAUUCUUCCUAAGAAGUAAUGGGUACUGCCCUUUUAAGUCUGAAUGUAUCUAUCUUCAUGAUUUACCACAUGGUCACCGAAGGAGAAAGAAGAAAGAUCAACGAAGGGCUAGUGCCUCUGCCUUGUCAUAUUCACAACUGGUAGGAAUUUAUGAAGAAGACUUCAGUGAAGAGGAAGACAUUGACCUACUGCACUGUGCUCUGACCCUUGCACUUAUUGAAGAUCGCUUUCAGCUUAGCUUGGGCUUUCCUGAGGAAGUUGAAAUCUUGUUAGGAGAAUGUAGUGAUUCAGAGUAAUGUUCAAAGUUGUCUAAACUGGCUAUCUUGCAUGUUCGUGUUCCUCCUAGGUUUGCUUCUAAAAUGUGUAAAGUAUGAAAGAAUAUUGCUCACAUCCCUGGGUUUAAUUGUAGCAGUGCUUUUUCAGCAGGCCUUAAAAUAGCCCAUUGGUUCUUUGGGGUAAAUGAUUUCCAGAACUUCAAUCUGUUCAAAAAAAAGUUUUUAAAUUGUGAUAAAAAAAAAAAAUUAGAAUAAAGAAUUAUGUAU